ACCCACUGCAACAAUGAACUUAAUUAAACUCACUUUUCAUAAAAUUCAACAAAUUUUCAAAGACUGCUAUUCCAGUGAGCAUGCAAUGCGUUUUGUACUUUUAUAAAAAUGUUAAAAUAACAGCAACAAGUCUAACUUAUUUUUUUCAUUUAUGUAGUUUUGUUUCUGUCGCUCUGAUAUUUCAAAGUUUAAAGCUGGUAUGUUUAGUAUUCUGUGGUAUAAUUAUAAAUGAAGUAUAUCAAUAUACUAAAUAAAACCUUCGGUAUAUCUUCUAGUAUAUUUUAAGAAUAAUACUGCACUAUUUAGCUCUUAUUCAAAAUAACUAGCGAGUAUCUUACAGUGAAGCACACUCGAAUGUAGUUUUCUUACUUCAUUUUAAUCACACAUUGAUUUCCCUGACCUAGUAUAAGGCAAUAACAAAGCUUUCUUAAAAAAUACAAAAAUUGUAGAUUGUAGAUUCGGAAUCAAAUCACAAAUCUUGUUUAUUAAAUACAUAAUAUGAGCCAACUUGUUAUUCAUAGUACGAAUGAAUUAAAUUCAGCUUCGAAAUGGACAGAUUAGGAAGAGCUUUAUAAAACAGAAAGUUUUUUAAAUAUACAAGUAAACCUUUUCGAACUGUCAAGAUGAAGGCAACUAUUUUAGUCAUCUUUCUAUUGGCAAUUGUGUUUAGCACAAGUGAAGGAUUUGGGAAACUUUCAAUAGGAAUUUACAGACAUGAUGGUUAUCCAGGUAAAUGCGUUCUGGAUGAUAACACCAUUUUGGAUAAGGGCCAAAAUGCAACGCGCCAUUGUCUGCGGUUUAAUUGUCGAGGAAAUGGUGUUGUAAUUACUGCACGUUGUAAUACUCUGCCUGAGAAUUGCACUCUGGGAGACUUUAAGAAUCAUGAAGCUGAUUUUCCUAAAUGCUGCAAUCGUAUUCUACAUUGCUCCGAUGGAGAUCGUGAAACUCUUGAAUAAAAAAAUGCACCUAAGCUAAAUUAUUCUCUUACAAAUUAAGUUGCACUAAAAAAGCGCCACUUGUUCAAAAAUAAAUAACAAAACUGUUUGGCAAACAAAUUUAUUGCGUAUACG